UACUCUGUUCUAUUUAUCGGUCAUCUUCUUCCUCUGGAGCUUCCCCAACGCUUUUUACUUAACCCUAGACCUUUGCCACAUCCAUGGCGAUUCUCACUUCCUCUUCCAUCUGUGAACUCUAAAGCUUCCGCCUUUCCAUGGCGACGCUCCGAUCCAAGGAUCGCGCCGUCCUCGAGCCCUUCGCCGAGGUCGACCCGGCCAAAUCCGCGGGCCUCCCCCCUUCUGCGCCCCUCACGAUCCGGUCCCUCGACGUGUCCUCCGCGUCCGAUUCCAAAACCCUAGUUUACGUCGGCACCGGAGGCGGGAAGAUCGUUUUGCUCUCCGUAGAUCCAUCGUCGCCUUCCUCUUCGUCUCCCUCCCCGACGUUAGCUACCGGGAAUGGCCGCGAUUCCCCCGCUUCGAUUGCGUCUUCGGCCGAAGGUGUAGAGUUUCUGCGGUUGGCUUCGGUUGGGAGCCGCGUGGUCGAAUCGAUUCUGGUUCUCUCCGAGAUUGGGAGGAUUCUCGUGCUCUCCGGUGGGUCUCUCUUCAUAGUGGAUUCGGUUUUGUCGCAACCGGUGCGCAAGAUCGGCGUUGUGAAGGAUGUGACGGCGGUGGCCAAGAGAAUUCCGUGCUCGGAGGGGUCGGGUUUGGAUUUCAUGGGAGAUGGGGCAUCCAAAGGUGAGAUUUUGAGCUCCGGAAAGAAGCUUCUGAUGAAGUUGGGUGUAGGCAUCAAGGCAAAUGGGUCAGGGCCUCCAUCGUCGGAGCCUCCUAGAGAAGGGCGCACCUCGUGCUUUGUGGCGGCCGCGGUAGCUAAGAAGCUGGUGCUGAUAGAGCUGAUGUUAUCUGGAAGUGUCGACAAUGAUUCGGAUAAUAAUGGUGUGUCGGUGCUUUCCAAAGAGAUUCAGGGAAUUGAUGGUGCCAAGGCCAUGGCUUGGCUUGGUGAUUCGAUCAUUGUUGGAACUUUAGAAGGUUAUACCUUAUUCUCUGUUGUUACAGGGAAAUGCACUCCGAUCUUUACACUUCCGGAGUCUUCGGGGCCACCUCGAUUGAAACCUUUAUGGAGAAGCAAGGAUGUGCUUUUGCUGGUCGAUAAUGUUGGCAUAGUCGUUAACAGUUCCGGUCAGCCGGUUGGUGGGAGCUUUGUAUUUCGACAGCCACCUGACUCCGUUGCAGAUAUGUCUUCUUAUGUGGUUGUUACUGGGAAUGCUGGGAUCGAAAUUCAUAGAAGGAAGACUGGUGCUUGUGUUCAGUCAGUUUCAUUGGCAAAGCAUGGCUCUGGCUCGCUCAUUGUGGCUAAUGAUGAUCAAGGUAGUGGCGAGGUGGUGGUGAUAGCAACACCUUACAAGGUCAUAUGUUUCCGUAAAGUGUCUGCUGAAGAACAGAUUAAAUCUUUAUUGAGGAAAAAGAAAUUUACUGAAGCCAUAUGUUUGGUAGAAGAGCUUGAAUCUGAUGGUGAAAUGACCAAGGAUAUGCUCUCUUUUGUGCAUGCACAAGUUGGCUUCCUUUUAUUAUUUGAUUUGCGCUUUGAGGAUGCAGUAAAUCAUUUUCUGCUCUCAGAAACUAUGCAACCAUCUGAAAUCUUUCCAUUCAUUAUGCGGGAUCCAAACCGUUGGUCUCAACUGGUACCAAGGAAUCGUUACUGGGGUUUGCACCCUCCACCAGCACCUCUUGAAGAAGUUAUUGAUAAUGGGUUAAUGGCCAUCCAACGUGCUAUGUUUCUUAAAAAGGCUGGUGUAGACACAACUGUGGAUGAGGAUUUCCUUUUAAACCCACCUAGUAGAGCUGAUCUUUUGGAGUCAGCAAUUAGAAACAUUAUCAGGUACCUGCAUGUUUGCCGGAAUAAGGUUUUGCUGCCUCCAAUAAAGGAAGGAGUUGAUACCCUUCUCAUGUACCUCUAUAGGUCACUUGAUCUUGUUGAUGAUAUGGAGAAGCUUGCCUCAUCCCAGAACAGCUGUAUUGUGGAGGAGUUAGAAGCAUUGCUAGAUGACUCUGGCCAUUUACGGACCCUUGCCUUCUUAUAUGCCAGUAAAGAGAUGUCCUCCAAGGCUCUGGCUAUCUGGUGUGUAUUGGCAAGAAAUUAUGCCAAGGGAUUAUGGAAAAAUUCCACACCUUCAUCCGAAGGUGACUCUCUGGAUAUUUCUUUAGGUUCAACCUCUGGCCAGAAAAUUGCUGCUGCGGAAGCUUCAAAGAUACUUCAAGAGUCGUCUGAUCAAGAUCUAAUUCUUGAACAUCUUGGAUGGAUUGCAGAUAUUGACCAGGAACUUGCUGUUGCAGUUUUAACCUCUGAGAAAAGGAUCAAUCAGCUUUUACCUGAAAAAGUGCUUGCUGCCAUUGAUUCUGAAAAGGCUGAGCUACGUCAAAGAUAUUUGCAGUGGUUGAUUGAGGAUCAAGACUGUGAGGAUUCUCAAUAUCAUACUCUCUAUGCUGUUUCUCUUGCCAAAUCAGUGAUGGAGGCAGUCUAUAUGGACUCCAGAAAUGAAGACAAAAAUUACAGAGACAUUGAUGAGAUGGACAAUUCCAGUGUUGAAGCCCGAAAUAGUCACAACCAUUUAGUGCGGGAAAAAUUACAGUUAUUUCUGCAGGCUUCAGACUUGUAUGAUCCAGAAGAAGUGCUUGAUGUGAUAGAAGAAUCAGAGUUAUGGCUUGAAAAGGCAAUCUUGUACAGGAAAAUGGGGCAAGAGAAUAUUGUUCUUCAGAUUUUGGCCUUGAAGCUGGAGGACAGUGAAGCAGCCGAACAAUAUUGUGCCGAGAUAGGUCGAGAUGAUGCCUAUAUUCAGCUGUUGGAUCUGUACUUGGAUCCACAAAAUGGAAAAGAACCAAUGUUUACAGCUGCUGUCCGCCUUCUUCAUAAUCAUGGGGAAUCUCUCGAUCCCCUCCAAGUGUUAGAGAAACUGUCACCUGAUAUGCCUCUUCAGCUUGCAUCAGAUACCAUAUUAAGAAUGUUGAGAGCCCGAGUUCAUCAUCAUCGUGAAGGACAGAUUGUGCAUAAUCUCUCACGUGCAAUAAACCUAGAUGCCCGGUUGACUAGGUUGGAGGAGAGAUCAAGGCAUGUCCAGUUGAAUGAUGAGAGCAUCUGCGAUUCUUGCCGCGCCCGCCUUGGAACCAAGCUUUUCGUAAUGUAUCCAGAUGACUCGGUUGUCUGUUACAGGUGUUAUCGUAACCAAGGCGAUUCAUCUUCAUCAUCAGCUAACGGUGGUCGACGUAGCUUGAAGAAAGGCAUUAUUUUCAAACCAGGGUGGCUUGUUAGCAGAUGAUAGUGAAUGCAUCUCUCCAAAUGAAAGUUUCUGCAAAUGCGACUUGCUGUGGGAUCAUCAUUAGGUGCUAUGAAGGGAUAUUUUCUUCUCUACUUCAGAGAACGUGUACGCCGCCGCAUUCUACGGAAUCAGCAACUGGCAGUUUCUCAAGAUGGUGGCAAUGGCAGAAGCUGAUACCAAAUUUAAACAUACGGGAACGGUCGAUACGGAGUGAGAGUUUUAGGUUGUUGUAUCGUAGUUCCUUUUUUACUUGUGUAAUAGUAUUUCGAAGUGUUCUGAGGAAUCUAUUUUAAGGGGUUGGGAAAUGGGAGCUUUGCAAAGUUUUAUUUAAGUGAUGACCUUGGUUUUAAAGAGUCAAUUGGAGUUCCAGUUCAUGACUCAACAGAGCUGUACAGAUAACAUUAUAAUAAUCUUCUUUCUCUCUCUCUCUGUUCUGACUA